CUGUCACUUAGGCCUACUGCACGUGUAAUUGAAUGUAACGCGUUAAUGUGUGUCAGCCCUACUAAAUAUAUAAACAUAAACCCCAUUUAGCCUACGUAUCUAUCACUGGUAGGGCAGACCUGAUUUAUUGGGGGGUACUAUCAGCUGGAAGGAAGGUGUACAAAUCAAAAGGUAAUUUGCUAUAAGGGGAAACAAGUCUGCCUAACCAUGAAUCCUAAUUUCAUCAGAAUUUCACUUUUGCUUCUUACAACAGAUCUAUGCUUUGGGAACAUCAUCGAUGUCCGCGUGUACGGUACCCAUGGGAAGAACACGACGUUCACGACAACGAUCAAACCAACGAGCGACCCCUUCUUCUCUGUUUCCUGGGCCGUGAACGGAUCUUUCAUAAUCACCUCGACCAUUUCCAACACCAUAGUCGAGCCAAAGUAUGCGGACAGGACAACCUUGUUCAGAGAAACUGGCUCCCUGGAGCUCAGAAACCUGACCAAUGAGGACUCCGGGGAGUACACUGUAACCAUCAUACCGGCCUCAGGACAUUUGAUAUCAGGAGCCGCCGUGCUGGAGGUGCAGCCCAAAAUCCCAACCCCGACCGUCACCUGUCCCCCAUCCACAGAGGGGAUGAGUGAGGUCACGUUCUUGUGUGAUGAUGGAGACACCAGCAAUGCCAAACAGUGGACAAGAGAUGGCCAACCACUGUUGCCGAGUGAUAGAAUUGCAUUUCUAGAAAACAAUAGAAUAUUGAUGCUCAAAGGUGUGAACAGAACGGACACUGCAGAAUACCGCUGCAAUGUCAGCAAUUUGUCCGACCACGAAGUCGCCACAUGCCAACUCACAGUUUAUUACGGCCCAGACACUCCCACUGUGCAACAGCAUCCCAAUCCGGCCGUAGAGGAAGAGCGACUCACCCUGAGCUGUGCUUCUGACUCCCUGCCCCCGGCUACCUUCACCUGGGAGUUCCAACGCCGCCCCCUGGUCCCCGGUCCUCAGCAUGUUAUAGCCGAGCUGGACGAAGACCACCUGGGGAACUACACCUGCACCGCCCGCAAUGACCUCACAGGGCUGGUAGUGUCCACGGUCUACACGCUCAACGGCAGUCUGGUAUCCCCUGCGUAUAGGAAGAGGAUCAGUCUGAACACCACCAGUGGAUGGCUGGACCUGUGGGAUUUGACCGUGGGGGACAGCGGUGCCUACACCGUGGACAUCACCACACACACAGACCAGCAGCUCAAUGGAAGCACUGGUCUCAAUGUGUACGAGCGAGUCUCCAGUGUAUCAGUCACCCCCAACACCACAGAGCUGCUGGAGUUCAGCAGCUCUGUGAGGAUCUCCUGCCACGUCUCGACCGGCACCUCCCUGUCCUACCUGUGGAUGAAUGGCAGCUCUGAGAUCACUGUAUCAAGUGACAGGGUGCAGGUCGGCGACAUAGGCACCACCCUCACCAUACUCAACGUGACACGCUACGACCGGGGGCCGUACACCUGUAAUGUCUCCAACCCGGUCAGCAAUGAUGUGGGCCGGCCGCUGACUCUGACCAUUGGUUAUGGGCCUGAGCGACUUGCCAUCAUAGGUCCAAGUCUAGUGGAGUUUGGGGAGGUGACGCUGCUCUACUGUUCGGCUAUGUCUGUGCCUUCUCCUUCCUACACCUGGAGCCUUAAUGGUGUCCACACCACCGUCCAGGGGCCGGUCUACGUUAUAGCAUCAGUCAACAGCUCUGACUAUGGGAAGUACACCUGCACUGCUGUAAAUACUCUUACCGACCUCAGCCAAGCUGCUGACCAUGUGGUCUCCCUGAAAGGUAUGUGUGUGGGGGGGAGCAUCCUACCCGCGGGCCCGCUCAGCGGCGCCGCUGGCGGGGCGGUCCUGCUCAGCACCACGCUGGAGCCCUCCACCCGGCCCUUCAUCUCCGUGGGCUGGAGCUUCAGAGGGCGCAACUUCAUCACCUACACCGUCACCGGCAGCGACUUUGUCGAUGAGGCCUACGCCACCAGGGUGACCCUGGACCGGACCACCGGUUCCCUGCAGCUGCGGGACCUGGUGCUGGGGGACAGCGGGGAUUACCUGGUCAGCAUCACUCCGGACGGGGAGCAGCAGAAGACAGGCACCAUGCAGCUCAACGUGUACGCGCCCAUAACAGGGGCGUCCAUCUCCAACCCCGCCUCCUCCGCCACCCUCAUCGCAGGGCAGAGCGCGGCCACGCUGACGUGCGACGCCGCUGCCGGCAACGUGAGCACCCGGGAGUGGAUGCAGAACGGCCGGCCCCUCCUCCCCUCCCCGGACCGCGUCACCUUCUCCGCCGACGCCAAAAUGCUCUACAUGAAUCCUGUGCUCAGCGAUAACCAUGGCAACUACCAGUGUCGAGUCAGCAACGCGGUCAGCGCCAUGACCGCGGCGUACAAUCUCACGGUCAACUACGGGCCACAGAACAUGUCCAUCGUGGGACCCAGAGAAGCCGCGCUGGGCAUCAGGUUGCUGCUGAGGUGCAGCGCCGACUCGGUCCCUCCCCCCACCUACCGCUGGGCGCUGGACGGCAACGACACACGAGUCACCACCUCCACCUACGUCGUGGAGAGGAUGGAGGAGAGCCACGCGGGGAACUACACCUGCACGGUCAACAACCGGGUGACCAAGCUGCAGAAUUCAACGGUCAUAAACUUGAGAGCGUCCGGUUCUGCCCCCUAUUGGUCAUUCACACUAUUGCUGAUCUUAUCUCUCAACGCGGGAGAAUCUCUACUGACGUGUUGACACGGCUGAUUGUUCCACACUGAAGUCUUGUCUUUAUGAUGGAGAAGGAGGAUGUCAUAUCACGUGGACGUACAGGAACAUGAUAUCACAUCUCUUUGGACCAGAGGGGCGCCAACGCCACCAUAUACAAUCCCAUUCUGAAUGAAAACAUUAAUACAUCAGUAAAUUAAUAAUAAUUAAUUAAUAAAAAAGUUGAAUCAAUAACACA